GCAACCACCAACACCAAUCCACUCUACCAACCACCCACAAUGGCAACCAAAAAAGACCAACUCGCCGCCCGCAUAGCCCACCUAAAACUCCGCCUCGCCCCCUUAGUGCCCCUCCCAACCGGCUCCCCCCACCCAGACUUCCCAAAAACACUGCUCGACUACCACCUCCUCACCGAAGAACAACUCGACGGCAUAGCAUCCUACUACCACCAAUCCACCCCGAGCAUCUGGACACACCAAUACCCAGCAUGCAUGAAUUGGGAUAAAGAGAUGUUGGCAAAGCGUAGAGCUAGCGUGGCGCAACAUUUACGUCGUGCGAGUCAGGUGGAGAGUAAUGCGUGGUGGGAGGAAUUGUUGGCGGCUGAGGAGGAGGAGCAUAAAGUGGUGGUGGUGGGUGGGAAGAGGAGGCCUAGUGUGCAGUUUGCGGAGGGCUUGACUGAUGGGGAAAGAGUUGCUAUUAAGAGACGUAAGCUGGGCAAGUUUAUUGGGUUGAUGAAUUGUGAGACGCCGGUUGAGGAGAUUGAGGGGAGGUUGAGAGCGUCGAUGGAGAAGGCUAUUCGGCUUGCGCAGGAGGAAUUGAGAAGGGCUGAGGAGUGGGAGCUUAGACUUUCGAAGAUGGCUUGA